GUGACAUCACAAGAAACUUGAAACUGUGGGUUUCAGCAGCCCUCCCUCUUCACUGCCUGCUCCCACAUUUGGUUUCCUCUUCCCCACCUCUCCCCGGGACAGUCUGUGCUUCUCUGCUGGCCUCCAAAAAAACCGAGCCAGUGGGUUUUUUUUUUUUAUCUUCCCCUGCCCCAAACUAUCAGCUCCUGUAAUCUGGACUUCACCACGCAGGUUCUUCCACUGCAUCAGAGUCACCUGGACCUGUGUCUGGAGAUUCCCUUUCUAUUCCUCUGGCAAAGUUGAAUCUAUUUGAAGAUAUAACAGCCUCCAGAACCUGUCACAAGAAUGGAAAUGCAGAAGCUGCCAAAUGGUAAUAACCACCAUGACGCUGACGUAUCUGUGGAGGGAGGACUCCCACCAGAGAAAGCAACCCUCUUGCAGCACAUGACUGUUACACCAAAGAGAACCCAGUUCACAGAUUUUGAAGGUAAAACAUCAUUUGGAAUGUCUGUGUUCAACCUAAGCAACGCCAUCAUGGGCAGUGGCAUUCUGGGUCUGUCGUACGCCAUGUCCAACACUGGCAUCGUGCUUUUCCUGAUCCUGUUGAUGUGCAUUGCUUUUCUUUCCUGUUAUUCCAUCCAUCUGUUGCUAAGCAGUGCUGGAGUUGUGGGUAUUCGUGCCUACGAGCAGCUUGGUCUCAGAGCGUUCGGUCAUCCUGGGAAGAUCAUGGCAGCUGUCAUCAUAACACUACACAACAUUGGAGCCAUGUCCAGCUACCUGUUCAUUGUGAAAUAUGAAUUACCAUUAGUUAUCCAAGCCUUUCUUGGCGAGACGACCAGCUUGGACAACUGGUUUAUGAAUGGAAACUACCUCAUCAUGAUUGUCUCUGCCUGCAUCAUCCUCCCGCUGGCCCUGAUGAAACACCUGGGAUAUCUCGGUUACACCAGUGGAUUCUCGCUUUCCUGCAUGGUUUUCUUUCUCAUAGUGGUCAUCUACAAGAAAUUCCAAAUCGCUUGCCCUCUGGAAGUGUUUGGUAACCACUCCGCGAUUUCCAUCGUCCCAGAAGACACGUGCACUCCCAAAUACUUCACCAUCAAACAAGAGACAGCAUACACCAUCCCCAUCCUGGCCUUUGCUUUUGUGUGUCAUCCUGAGGUGCUUCCCAUCUACACUGAACUGAGCAACCCAACCAAAAGAAGAAUGCAGAAUAUCGGCAACGUUUCCAUCCUGGGGAUGUUCAUCAUGUACUUCUUCACUGCCACCUUUGGUUACCUCACAUUCUACGAAGGCACAGAAACAGAGCUCCUCCAUACCUACAGUAAGGUGGACCUUCUGGACACACUGAUCCUGUGUGUGCGGCUGGCUGUUCUAGUAGCCGUCACUCUGACUGUACCUGUGGUCUUGUUUCCUAUCCGCCGUGCCCUCCUGCAGCUGCUGUUUCCUGAGAAGCCCUUCCACUGGCUCCGUCACAUUGCCAUAGCAGUGGUCCUGCUGUUUGCUGUCAACCUGCUGGUCAUCUUUGUUCCGAACAUUCGUGACAUCUUUGGCAUCAUUGGAGCAACCACUGCUCCCAGUUUGAUAUUCAUCCUUCCUGGACUGUUUUACAUUCGCAUCAUCCCCACUGACCAGGAGCCCAUGAAGUCCAGACCAAAGAUUCAGGCGGCGUGUUUCACAGCCCUGGGGUUCAUAUUCAUGACCAUGAGCCUGACAUUUAUCGUGAUCGACUGGACGAGUGGAGAGAGUCGAAAUCUUGGUGGCCAUUAGAGUUGCAUCCUGAAGCCCUUCAGUAAAAGCCGGCCACUGGUGCACUCCACUUCCUCCUCCAGGAUUCUGGACACAAAGCAAGAUUCAAUCUACUGCAGGAAGGCUUGUGACUUUCUGGGGAUCAUUUCAUUAUUCAUACAAGCAGUUGGUUCUUCCAGGGUGUUACGAGGAGGUUUUGUGCUGUCACAGGUUAUUAUACAUACUGUACCACCAGGCGUCAUCAGAAGCAGAAUCCUGCACGGGUCCAUUUUUUUUUUAAAUGCAAACCUGCAGCCACAAAGCUGUGUACUGGACCCAAUACAUUACUGACUACUUUCUCCAAGUAAAACCUAUUUCUGUCACCCCCGUGAGGAAUUCUGAGUAAAUAGAAACACUGCCAGUGCCUCUACAUGUUGUAAGUGAUCCAGCACCACCCCACCGCUACCAUUGCACAAAGCGUUUUUCACAUCAAACUGCUAAACGUCCAUUUUUUUUUUAUAGUAGAAUUACCUUCUAAAACUUUGUGGGUGUUCUUGGUGAUUUCAGCUACAAAACUCAAACUGUUGCUGCUUUUUUAUCUUGCUUAACUAGCACAAAGUUGCCGGUGUGGGCUUCCUCUUUGCGUCGGAAUUGUCGGAAUUGACAUAAAACCUAUUAUGUCCUGUGUAGAGCAUGAGAAUGUUGCCAAGCAACACAACAACAAAACACUGCUAUACUGAUAAUUACAGAGUCAUGUUGAGCUGAUGCUUCCCCAGCAUUGUGUGUUCUCAUUAAAUGUUAUGGAAUGUGAAUACAGCUUUAAAUUUGAACCCAUUAACUAAUGUCACAUGACCACCAUCUUGAUCAUCUUGGUCAUUCACAUUGAAUAGCUUUACUUUCAACCGCGUAGAUUAUACAGAGAAUACUCACGUGUGUAUAUCUGCUCGAUCACUUUGAGUGUCUCAUGUUGCCGAACUGCAUUGUGGGAUUUGUUCCUCCGUUUUCUUGUACUGUGUGCAGAAAUUGAGAAUUGUUCCACUUUCCAAGUGGCAGUGCGACCACCGUCGAAUCAAAUCAGGUAAUGCUAAUAUUUUUAGCAUAAGUGUUAGCCACACAAGUCAUUUUUUUGGUAAAGUGCUAGCAGCAGUAGACUUGUUUAUGUUCGACAAACUGGACCUCAAAACGGUGCACACCAUUAGCAUGUUUCGCUGGUUUCUUAAAGCUGCUGUGGCUACCUAAAACUUAAAUCGUUCUACCCUUCUAACUUGUGCUAAGUGCAGCUACUUCCUGUUGAAACAGGCUACUUCCUGUUGAAACAGGCCACUUCCUGUUGAAACAGGCUACCUCCUGUCAUAAGAAUUUACAACAGUUUUAGGGAUUUUUAAAUGAAAUAAUAUCAUCAUUUGUUGGAGUAGUUUAUUAUUAAAUAAAUAAAUACACUUUAGGGGUUAGAGUUAGGGCUGCUGUUUUUGCAGUGUGGAGGUUGGCAAGCACAAAUAGUUGUAGCAGGAAGUAGCCGCACUUUAGCACGUGGACUACAAAUUGGGUUUCUGUAAAAUAAGGAUUUGUUCCCUAUUGAACAGAUAACUUUGUUCCUUAUUUUUAAUAAUCAAGACAAGUGCAUAAUUACAGAUAAGUCCACUUAUGAAGAUUCCUCCUGAUGUCAUUAAUUACUAUUACAAAAAUAUUUGUAAUAAUAAUUACAAAAAUAUAAUGAAAUAUAAUGAAAUUAUAAUAUCGAUUUUUAAAUUCAUAUACUAUACUCAAUAUGUCAAUAUUAUACUAUUGUAAAACAGCAAAACUACGUCUUUUAGUCAACUGUGAAAGUGUGUAGUGUGUGGGGGUAAUGUAGCCUUCCGGUACAGAACAGGUAGUGAUUGUCAGCAGACACGGCCACAGUUUAAAGCGAAGCAUACAUGAGUGUGAGUGAGUGAGUGAGUGUGUUAAAGACUUUCAAAAUUAAACAAGUCCUUGUCACUGACCAGGCUCAUUUAGAUGAUGAAAAUACUGCACAAUUAGAAUUUCCCUCAUUUAUUUUUUUUCAACUGCUGCUACCUGCUGUGUAUUCAGCUCUUUUUAAAAACAUUUUUUUACCUGUGCCCGUACCCAUGACUAUAGAAACAAAGAUGGAAUUGCUGUCCCUUGACAAUAUAUAAGCUUUAUUUAUCAUGGCUGUAGCUUCAAUUAUAUAAGCAACUUGGGCAAAUGUCUUGUGAAAUCAUGCAUUUGAUUGUUAGCAAAGUUUGAUGAACAAUAAAAUAUUAGGUGCUGUUA